UAGACGAAAUCAAAAUGGCUGCCUCCAUCAAUAAUUCACGUGGAAAAAACUUGACAAUAGAUUUUAUUAAAGAACUUGGCGGAAAUGAGGAUGAUCUGAAACUUCUGAAGGAUGUGAGUGAUAGCAGUGAUUCUGAAGUGGAAAAUUCUGAAGAGGACUUUGAUGCUGAACCAAUAAAAAAAGACGAGAUACGUGAUUUCCUGAAGAAACUUGAGAUUUAUAAACACAGACCUGUGGAAGAAGGGGAAGAAAAGAAAAAUACAAACAAGAAAUUGUUGGUAGCGAAAAGCAGUCACGACUCUGCAGAAGAUGAGAAGGCAUCUACCUCAACUGAAGUUACUCAAAAAAAGAAAAAUAAAGAGAAGAACAAAUAUAAGGUGCAGCAUGAGGAGGUGUCAAGUACAACAAAAGAUCCUGCGGUGGAAUAUAGAACACACAUUAAAGCAUACCAGAAGAGAAAAUAUCUUCUCAUCAAAGCUGGAGAGUAUUUUGAUAACCAGGCAGAAGCUGGUACAGAGAAUGAAAAGCUCAAUGAUGAAAUGGUUAAACAGAUGGAAGAAUUUGCCUCUAAACUACUCCACGAUGAAAUAAUGGUGUAUAAUAAACAGAGGGAGAGUACAAAAAGGUCAGAUGUACGAUGGAUGAAGACGGUACUCAGUUCGGGCACACUUGCUGAUAAAAUUGCGGCCCUGACGGUAUUGAUACAGGAAUCACCUAUACAUAAUCUCUCUCACCUUGAUACACUCAUCACCAUGGCAAAGAAGAAAGGCAGGAGAGAGAAUAUACAAGCUAUAGAUGCAUUGAAAGAAAUAUUCAAGACAGAUUUAAUACCAGAGGAUAGAAAACUUCAAACAUUUGACCAGCACAAGUUUUUAAAGCUUGGUCCAGCUGCUGGUUGGAACAAAGAUGUGGUGGACAGAAAAUUGAUACAGUGGUGCUUUGAAGCACAGCUGAAAACAAGAUUUGCAGACUUUGUAAAGAUUCUUGAGGGUAUGGCUCAUGACACAGUUCUCAGUACAAAACAGAAAGCUGUUAGUAAGUAUGAAUAUAAUUCAUUUUCUUUUGACAGUCUGUUUGGAUGUAAUGCCUUUUCAUCUCUUGUUUUCUUGUGUUAGCAUUUUUAGCUUGAC